GGCAGGCAAAGAUGCUCAACUUAUGCCACAUGAACAGCAUUGUCUCGAGCUGCAUAGGACCAAUUGUGAGACGCGCCAGGUGGUCCUGAUGCCAGACGGGCAUUCAGUAGCAAGGCUUGGACUCUUCUCUGACAAGUAUUCAGCCUAAGCUGCUGCAUAUUCAACACCUGGUCUUUCCCACCAGCUAACCUGAGAUGCUUCAAGUGGGUUGCUUCAGAAAAUGCCGUUCCAGCCACACUUUGCCCCCAAGCCCAGGCAGAGACACGGCCCAGAAGCCGAGCUGACGGCACAUCUGGAAGCCACAGGCACGCUCCCUUCACUGGCUGUAUCUGUGGUCCGAAGUUCAGCCUUGCCCACCGCCAGUGUCACCACCCACCCCGGCUGCACCAUGAGGAUGAGUGUGGGCCAAGCUUUCAGAAAGUGCCAGAGCCGGGCAAGGAAGAAAGAGGAGCCUCCCAGAAGCAAGUGUGCCGGCUGGCUGGAGAAGGUAGAAGUUGCAAAGAAACACCAAAAUAAAACUGCUCCCAACACUUCCUUAACCUCCAGGCAAAACAAGAUGGCUCUCCCCCCGAUUCUCAAAGAAGACGACGCCUCUGAGAAACCAGGCCAGAAGCUGCCAUGUCUUCCUGCCUGCUCCUCCCAUGCCAAAGGAGGCCCUUUGAGCAAUCAUGGCAUGACACCCUGGACUGGGCCUUCUCAGUCCGAGACCUCCUUCUAUGCCCUGUUCAAGCCUGUGGUGUCCUUCUUGCACGGUGUCCCUUUCUCAGCAGCAGGUGAUGCCGACGCCUGCAACUUCUUCCCGGACCUUGGAGAGAAGGCCCCGGCGGCUGCAGAGAGGGAGCAGAGGUCGAGGGCCGCGCUGCUCCAAGGCAAGACCAGGCAGAAAGCCCGGGGCAGAGGCCCGUCCAGGCGCACGCGGAGCAAAUGGCAUGAGAUGAAGCUGCCCCCGGUGCCCAGCAUCACCAACCUCAACUUCAGCCGAAACUUCACAUUCUCCUUCUUUGAGCUGCCACCUCAUCAGAGCCACCAGUACUGGGUGCAACACCAGCAGCUCAUCAGCCUCCUUAUGAAGCAGCUAAAAUAGCAAAGACCUUGUGAAGAAGGCCCAGGACGGGGAGGGACAGCGGCCCAGGCCAGUCCCUCGCACUGCCAAGCUUGCCAUUGCCUGACGGAGGAGAACCUGCUGAACUCAUUCACAGUCCCUAGAAAAUGUAGUUUCCGCACCACCUGGCAGGCACGGCAGAACAAAAAGGAACUGAAGAUACAGUUUCUAUCCACACAUUCAAUUAUACUCAGUUUUCCUU